AUGAAUUCCACGACAACAACAAAUGUUACUAGAUCAAAACCAAAUAUACGAUCAUAUCCAUGGUGUCAAAAAAAUUUAAAUUUACUUAAUCCUUUUUCUCGUUAUGAUUUUUCUAUGAGCGAUCGUAGUAUUAACGAUGAAUUAUUUGUUUUUGGUGGAUUGACUCAAGAAAAUGCUACUAACGAUUUAUAUUCUAUUGAUAUAACUACGCUCAAUGUUAAUUUAUUGACAGCUUCCGGAGAGAUACCUAAAAAAUAUCGACAUACACAAUUUAUUUACGAAAAUAAUAUUAUUGUUUUUGGUGGCGUAUCCGAGAAUCCUGAAAAUAAAUCAGAUGGAAACAUAUAUCUUCUUAAUACAUUUUCGCGAGCUUGGAGUAAAUACACUGUAAAUGGGAAUUCACCUGAUAAUCUUGUUGGAUAUGCUUCAACCAUUAUUGGAUCAACAAUAUAUGUAUUCGGUGGACAAAAUUUGGGAAAUUAUUUUAAUGAGUUGAUGUGUCUCAAUUUGAAGUCUUUAAAAUUAAGAAGAAAAAGGAGUAAAUUGAAAUUUUCGUUGGGAAGAAGUCGUGCUAAUUCUGUGGUACUGCGUUGGGAGGUUGUUAAUUCCGUAAACAAAGGUCCUUCCAGUCGAAGUGGACAUAGUGCUUGUGCUUAUGAUAAUAAAAUUUAUAUCUUUGGUGGAACUGAUGGUCGAAAAUGUUUUAAUGAUAUUUGGAGUUUUAAUGUUGAAACAGGAAUUUGGACAGAAUUAUCUUGUAUUGGAUAUUUUCCUGAACCUCGAGAAAGACAUGCUGCAAUUUUAGUUGAUGAUGUUUUAUAUGUUUUUGGUGGGAAAACUCAAGAAAAUGAAGAAUUAGGAGAUUUAGCUGCUUUUAGAAUUGCAAACCAAAGAUGGUACAGGUUUCCACAAAUGGGUCCAUCACCUAGUCCUAGAUAUGGAUUAGCUAUGUCGGCUAUAAAUGAUAAAAUCUAUGUCUUUGGGGGAGAUUCACAAAAAAUACCUAAACCUGGCUCAGAUGGAUGUAUUCAUAUAUUAGAUACAUCUGGAGUUCCUCCAAUACUUAUGCAGCGCGAUACUAAUUCACCAAGACAAUCAAUAGAAUCAACUCGAUCAACGCGAUCAGAUUCAACAGCGUCUAGAAUAUCGAUAGCCGGACCACAAGUCGAUACAGAGAAAAGUCAAGAACAACAACAAAAACUUUCAUCAUCACAUAAAAUAUCUUUUGAUUUUCGUAGUAAUAAAGCAAAACCUAAUCUUGUAAUCAAAGUUCCAUCAAUCACUGAAUUUACCAAGCAUAUAGACGAAAAAUCAUUACCUCCAACAGUAAUUUUGCAAGAUAAUUCUAUUCAAGAAAACAUAAAUCCAUCAAAAGAAAUUAAUAAUAAUAUUAAUAUAUCAAACUCGGAAUUUGUAGACUCAACUGAUGAUUUUGAAGAUUCUGAAGAACAUGAACAAGAUAUUACGCAAGAAGUAUUUGUAUCAAAACGUGAUUCACUGUUAAAUACUAUAAUAGAAGAAUCUGAAGAAGAAGAGAUUUAUGAAGAAUCUGAAGAUGAAGAGGAGAGUGUCAUCUAUGAAGAACCUGAUGAUGAAUAUGAAGAACCUGAAUACGAAGAAUAUGAGGAAAGACCCGAAAAUGAAGAAGAGGAAGAGAAUAUCAACUCUGAAGUUCAAUCAUUGCGUGAAAGUUCAAAUGGGACAGAUACAUUCUAUACUAUAAGUCAAGCUGAAUCAGAGAUCAUUAAUAAUUUAGAGGAUGAAAAUAAUUUGGAGGAGAAUGAUUUCGAGGAGGUUGUUUCUAAUAAUUUUGAAGAAGACGAUGAUCAAAUGGAUGAAUACAUUAGAAAUGAUCUAAUUGAAAGAAAAGUUAAUAAGAAACCAAUAUCUCCUAGAGAUUAUCGACGUCCAAAUUCACAACUUAGUCAUUAUGAUAUACAACCACUAGAAUCGAAAACUUAUCUUGCUAGACGACGUGAAAUGAAUAAUCGAUUAUCGGAUGUAAAUAUAAAUAUUGUUCCAUCGAUAUCAACACCUGAUAAAGAAAGUUUUAUGAUGUCUGCGUCCGAAUCUACCGAAUCUGACACAUCUAACGAGUCCAACAUGCGACCAAAAUUACAUGCAGAACUGGAUUUAGCAAAGAAAUCAGGUUAUACGUCAAAUUUGGUUAGAGGUGAAAAUAGUUUUGAAGAUGUCGAUAUCGAAGUCUUGAUGAAAGAUAUGGGUGAACCGGGAAGUGAAAAAUAUAAAGUGAUGCAAUCUAUUAUUAGAAUGAAAAAAGAAUUGGUUAAAGCGAAGGAAACAAUUGCAAUUCAAGCUCAAAUUGCAUCAGAAAAAAUGAGUAUUGCUGAAAAAGAAAGAACAGCCGCACUUAAAGAAGUAUCACUUUAUAAAAAGAAAUUGGAUGAACUUAAAUCUACUACUACUAAUACCGAAGGAAUUAUUAAUUCACAAGAAAUGCAGAAGACAGCCAAUUUGGAAUCUCAAUUAUCAAGAGUAUUAAAAGAAAAUAAAUUAUUAUCCAAUCAAUUGCUUAAGUAUUACAAAAAAAACGAAAAAGAAAGAACUAAAGCUAUGGCAUCUAAAGAAAAAGAAAAUUUCGAGAAUAUAAGAAUGGAGAUAUCAAGUAAAUCACGAGAACAGAUGUUACCUAAAUUACAAGUACUUAGAGAUCGAGUUUCAAAUUCAGAAUUGAAAUUAGAAGAAAGUAAUUGUAAUUUAACGAAAGUGAAUUCGGAAUUACAAAAAUCUAAAGAAAAUUCUAAAGAAUCUCAAGUCGAAUUGAAAAAUUUGAAAGGUUCCUUGGAAAGUCAUUACAUUUUGUUUCAACAAAUUAAUAAUUCAAUAAAUUUUACUAAUGAAAAAACUGAUAAGUUGGAAAAAUUAUUAAAAAGAUUAAGAAAUGAUAAGCUUCAAUAUGAAACAGAAAUUGCUGAAUUAAAAAUUGAAUUAGAAUUAAAAAGUAAUGAAGUUAAAUUAAUAGAAGACAAACUUGAAGAAAUGGAAACAUUAUUAGAAAAUAUACAAAAUGAAGGAAGAAUAUUACGAUUAAUGUUACAAGAGAGCAUAAAAGAUUUAUUUAAGUUUAGUCAAGAAAAGAAAAUUAAAAGUGGGGAAAAUGAUGACGAUGAGAAAGUUGAAAACAUAGAAAAUAUAUGGCAAUUAAUGAAGAUCAAACAACUUGAAGAAGAAUUGAAGUAUUUAAAGAAUUUACAAAAUGAAAAAACUGACGUUUAUAUUUAA